AUCAAUUUGUCAGCAGUAUUUUAAAAUUGCAAUUUUAAAAUUUUUAAAUGCAAUAUAUGUUUUCCAAAUUAACAAUUUAUUUUUUGGCUGCGGCAAACAAAAACUUGCAAUAUCUACAAAAAGUAUCCAACCGAUGCUUCCAUCAGUUUUAGAUUUGGAUUUCAUCCAACUGGUGGGGAAAGUGUUCCAUUACUCUUGUUGGUUCGGAGUAGUGGGGUCUGGGCGUCCGCUAUGGAGGGUGUGGAGUGUGGUGGUGCUCAUAAUGCUGGUGGCAAUCCAGAUUUCAGCUAUAUGGAAGGUGAUACGAGCGCUGGCUGGAUGGACGGUCGACGUUUCUGGAAGUAGGAGUGUCACAGCUCGGCUUGCCGGCACGAUGUUUUACUCGAAUGCGAUCCUCUGCCACAUCCUGACCUCACGAAUUGCAGCAUCGUGGGAGAAGCAGUCGAAUCUCUGGAUCGCGGUGGAGAGGGCGAUGACCCUAAAUAUUCCACCUGAUGCAACUAUUAGGAGGAGGUUGAUCAUAGUAAUCAUUUUUAUGACAGUUUGUGGAUGUGCGGAGCACUUAAUGAGUGUUGUGUCACAAAUAGAUUUUGAUCAACCAAUCUCUGCCAUACUUAAACAGUACACUCUGAAUUCGCAUGGAUUUUUGUUAAUGAAUUCGACCUAUUCCCACUGGCUGGCUUUGCCACUUCUCUUCAUGAGUAACAUUGCAACAAUUCUAUGGAACUUUCAAGACAUGAUAAUAAUUCUCAUCAGCUUGGGACUAAAAUCACGUUACCAUAGGCUGAAUCAGUUCGUAGCUAAAAUUUGCGCUAAUGAAAAGCAGAAAAGUCAAUGCGAUAUCUUCGAACCAAUCAGAGUGUAUACUUGGAGAAAAAUACGCGAAGCCUACGUCAAGCAGGCAAUGUUGGUGCGCACCGUGGACCGAAGGAUCGGCGCUGUGGUCAUGUUAUCAUGCUUUGUCAACUUUUAUUUCAUAUGCUUGCAAAUUUUUUUGGGCAUCACCCAAGCCAGCCAGGGCCUGUUCAAGCAAAUCUACUACAUGACCUCAUUGCUGUGGAUCAUCACAAGAAUCAGCAGCGUGGUGCUCGUAGCUGCUGAUGUUAAUGUCUACUCAAAGAUGGCGCUGAAGUACUUGUACGGAUGUCACUUUAAGCACUACAAUAUUGAGAUAAACAGAUUGCAAACACAAUUAACAAGGGAUUAUGUCGCUCUUAGCGGCCUGGGUUUCUUUACACUGACUAAAACUAUUUUACUGCAAAUGGCCAGUUCUGUAAUCACCUAUGAAUUAGUGCUUAUUCAGUUUGAUAACAAUGAAUCAAAUGAUUCUGUAAAUAGUACUAAAUUCGAUUAA